AUGAAGUAUGUUGGAGUUUUAUGCAUUUUUUUGAAAUAUAAUCGAGGAUCUCAAAAAAACUUUUUUUCUAUAAAAUUCCACUCUUUGAAAAAAAUGAAUACACACUGAAUAAAAAUUUUUUUACACUGGGUACUGAAAGCCAUUGGAAAAAUUCCCAGUGAAAAACUGCUCCAAAAACCUCCUUUCCUGUUUAUUACAAGCGUCAAGAUCAGUCCUUUCUCCCAUUUAAAACCGAAAUUCUUGUUUGUAUUCAAUAUUUAAUUCUUUUCUCAACUUCAGAAGAAUUCCAACACAAACUUCGAGAAAAAAACGCCAAAUCAGAGUUUUCUAAUAAUUUUAGAAAAAAAUUCAGCUUCAAAAAAACAAAUAAAUAAAAAAACCUCAGUAGAGCUUUUUGAUUCCUUUCGGGACCACCAAAGGCGCCGAAAUGAGACUUUUUUCAUCGCAAUUCCGCCGCUUUCCUUCAUCGUAUGUUUGUGUCUCAUUCUUCUCAUUCUUCCUUGCUUCUUAAUCCCGACGUCUUCCGCCGAUACUUUUCCUCUUUUCAUGUCAUUUCAUUUUCCAACUGAAUAAUCAAAAAAUUUCUCCACUAAAAAACCCAAACUCACUUUCAAAGCUUGGAAAUUUCUCGUUUUUAAUCGCUCAAUUUUAUGAGGCCCAUUCUAAUGAUUUCAGAAGACGCCGUCGUGUCCGGUCGUCGUCGGCGCCGACCAUGUGGGGCAAAAUCACCUCACAUAUCGGUUUGUUGCUAUGAAAUUUAUUCAGUUAAUUGUUAAUCGUUAAUUAAGGCAUUUGGCUUGGACUGGAGGAGGAGCGGCCGAUGCGUGCUUCCUGCUCUCUUUCGAUGCUCCACCACCCACAAGUCAACGCCGUUCGUAAUUCCAAAAGCUCGGAAAAUCUUCAUCGGGUUGGUUAUUUUCAUUUUCGAAGGAGAAAGACAAAGUCCUUGAGGAAAUGAUUGACGGCGGUUUCAAAAACAAUAAAAGCACAGAGCCUUUUCCAGUAAUAAUCUAGUUCCUUCAAGUAUUGCAACAAGGAUGUUCAAACAAAAUUAACUUCGAUGAUUUUCGAAAAGAAGAAAUUUCAUUGAAAGAUCGAAAACAGUAAAAAAUAAAAAAAAAAUUCCAACGUCACAUUACGCGUUCAGCGUGUACGGACAAAACGCGGUUUUGACGCGCAUUUCAUCAUGAUGUCAAUAAAUAAAGAUUCUUUAUACUAAAAUGGGGUUCUCUUGUUUCCAGGUAACAAUCGCAACACAAAAAUCCAAGGAAAGCGAAAGCUCGCCAAGUUCCAGGAAAGUAAGUUGCUAAGCAAAGCUUUCAUUUUUAUUUUCAUGAAACCAAACACCAAAAAUUGAGGGGAAAUAAUUGAAUUUUGCAAAUUCGGCUUCGUUCCUUUUUUCCAUUGUCUUGUGACUCAAUCGACUCAUGUUUUUCAAUGUUUUCUGCUCAUUGCUCAUCGGCACGCAAUCGGCCAUUUUAUGAGCUUUUUUGGUUGAAAUUAGUCAGCUCACUUGGAAACUUACUCGAAGGAGAAAACUUGUUCAAAAAGGAGUUUUCAGUCAACGAUUUUCACCUUGCGGAGGAGUCGGAACAAGGAAAAGAAGUACAAAACGAAUGGUAAUUUUUUUUUUCCUCCAUCCCUUUUGAAAAAUCACAAGAUUGUCACGAGGGACAGCUAAUUUUUCAAUAAUUUGAGCUAUUUAUCCAUAUUUCGAUUCGCUUCCUCUUGUCUCGAGUUUCUAUUUCUGUUCGGAAUGUACAAGAUGCGGUUUUUUCUCGAUGGUUUGUGUUUUUUUUUCUAGUUCAAAGCCAAAAUUUAAAAAGAAGGUUUUCUAAUAUUCGGGUCAUAAAGUUUCGUUCAAUAAAGUGAUUUUGAACUAUUGAUGCUUUAACUGAUGAUAAUUUGCUUGGCUCUAAAAGCAAAAUUUCAAGUUGGAAAAUGAAAACUUUGUUUUGAAAAUCCAAUUGGAAAGGGAGCAAAGUAUAAUACAUUUAUUUUCACUUUUCAAGUUAAUUUUGGGAGGUUUGAAAUAAAAACCAGUGAAAUUUCGAACGGCGACUUUUCCGAUUUUUUCAUAUCGCUAGGGAACUUUCCGACUGCGAAGUUUCCGACUUUUUUUUCUCGAUAAUCUCUACGUUUUGAAUUUUCUUAUGUAAAAUAGGUAGGUGAAUGAUGCUCAAAACACAAAGAAAAAGGAAAACCAUGUUAAUAGAUCUAUAUGUAGACCGGAAAAUAUGAGGGGAGAAAAGUCGGAAAUUCGCCGGCUUUUUUUUUCAUACCACUGGAUUUUGUGUAUCUUCACUGAGAAAAAGUGUGAAAAUUGAACAGUUUCAUGAAUUAGUUUUCACAUGAUGCUUCAAAAAAAUUAAUUGAUAGUUCCAAAAUAAAUAUUAUCUGUCGGACUGUUUUUUUUCUUCGAUACAUUUUCCAAAGCUUGCACUCACUUCUAAACAGAAAAAAAAGCUUCGAAAAGUCCUUUCACAAUUUUUCCGACAAAGAAGGCCCUCCACCGCUAAUUUCGGACAAAACGCACCCAGCCAUGAAGAGGCUCAUUUUGCUCGCCGAGAGCAGCACCAGUCGAGCUCAUUAUUCUCUUCUUUUUCAUCAUCUUCUUCCAGGCCUUUUCCCUGGCUAUUCUUUUCAUUUCCGCCCAAUCGCACUUCAUUUCAAAUGAAAAAUUCGGAAAAAAGGGGCUUCUUUUUCGUAGUUCUCUUUCUUAGCUUUCUCGAUUUUUAGACCGAAAAAUGAUGAACUUUUUGUCUUUAGUUAGUGGCUUUGGAGAGCAUUGAUCGUUCAUUACGAACAGUUCUUCUCUUUUUGAAAAAUCAUUUUUGAUUUUUAUUGAAUCAUUCCGGAGUGUAAUUUUUCUGCUAGCAGGAUCAUAAAGAAUGAUUUGUGUUGUUUUCAUCCGAAAGGAGUUUUUCCAUUGUUUUAUUAUAGGUUCACUUCCAGAACAAAAUAAGGAUUCAAUAAAUAAAGAUUUGGGUUUAGGCUGAGUUGGAAAAAAAGGGCGUUUCGUUAAUUUGUUUUUAGUUCGGACUCUCAGAGCGGAGCUUGAGCGACGAUUUGACAUCCGAAAUCUGAACAGAAUAUAUUCCGAAACAUGAUGAAAAUCCCUUUCUGCGUUGAGAACAAGAUUUCAUUCCGUUCUCAACUUUUCAACUUAAGAAAAAGCUCUUCUUCUCAAUCUUUCGAACUUUCUCCGGUUCAAAAGCUGAAACGUUACCCUCUUUUUUCCCCAAAACCAAUCUCCUGUGCAAAACGAGACGAGGAAGUUCAAUCUCUUGCAACACUUCACGUAUAGUUUAACCAACACCAACAGGUGUGAGGGGCCAAAAAACGAGAGUUGAAAGAUGGAUUGGAAGGCUUUUUUGCAGGCAUGACGGCCGGCAAAAGCUUCAACGACAUGACGCAGUCCUGGCACAGCAACGGCGUCAAUCAGAUCAACGGGGGCCAGCCGCAGUCGGCCACUGCCACGCCCACCAAGACCAUCUUCAACUUUUUGCGGUCUCUUUGCCGCUUUCUUCCCAAAUCUCUUGUUUUCGUGCUUUGAAAUCAAGUUUUAAGAUUCUCAUUUUGCAACUUCGGCACCAUUCGUGGUUUUUUGUUUUUGGGUUCUUUUUUCGGGUUUUUUUUCGAUUUGAUAGAACACAGCAAAGGUUUUUUUCAUAAAGCUAUGGUAGAAACCUAUGGAAAAUUACUGAAACUCUUUUUUUUCCUAAAUUCCAGUGUAUUCUCUCGUCAUGACCUCAAGAAGAACGUUUUUUCAAAAAGCUCUCAAGGGGCUUCGGAAACCCUUCAAAAGAAACAUUUCUUCGGCCUUUUUCACUUUUUGCUCUUUUUGUGGUAGGAAACUCAUGCCGUGUUCAAAAAUCCUUCUAAAUUCAAAAUCAUCUCUGACUCUCCAAGAUUUAGUUGUCUUGUUCUCUCUUUGAUGGCUAUCUUGAGUUUAGCGGGAUCUCUUUGAAAAAGGCAUCCACAUUUCUUGUCUUUUCUGUCUAGUUAUAUGUAAAUGUUCUCAGGCCGGCCCGGUCCCGCUCCAACAACGCCAACGAGAUGGUUCUGGUGUCGUCGACAAGGGGCAACGGCGUUGCUCCAGCAUGCUCGACGAGUUCCACCGUCGCCGACUUCACCCAUCUCCGGAAACGGCGUCCCCGAAGUGCCCACUACGAUCCGAACACGAUCACUUUGCCGAGCAAGGAGGUUCGUGAAGAGCAGAACGGAAUAGUUUUGGGUUGUUUCAAAGUAUAAAAAGUCUUCAGGAGAUGACGACCCAAGACGUUAAUGACCUCUAUAAAAGACUCGAAAAACUCGGCGAAGGCAGUUAUGCGACUGUUUUUAAGUGCGAAUCGAGGUUAUUCCUAAAUUUUUCCAUGGUUUCCAAUGAAAUGGUCUUUUUCAGACUCGACGGUUCGAUAGUCGCGCUGAAAGAGAUCAAGCUGCAGUUUCAGGAAGGCUUGCCCUUCACGGCCAUCCGAGAAGGUAGAGGGGGCUUCAUUGAGAAUUCGAGAUUUUUCAAGAAAAUCUGACAUCAAGGGCCUUGAUAACGCAAACCGCAAGUUUUUGGGCAUUUCUAGUAGUCUCUUGAGGUUUUCGACGAUGUUAAAGUGCAAAUCUGACUCACUAAAGUGAUCACUAGAAAUCUUCAAAAACGUCUGGAGCGCUUCCAGUUUGCGUUACCAAAGUCCAAGCAAAAAUAUUCUUGAGUUUUUUUUUUGCUUUUGUUGCCAUUCGGAAUUGAAUCAAUGACGUUUUUUUCUCGAACCAAGUCUUUUACCCUUCAGGCCACACUAUCAAUUCAUUUAUUUCUUUUUUAACGAGAAAGUAAUUUGAUAAGAUCUCGGUUUUUAAAGAAAACUUGAUGAAAAAACUUGAGGCCGUAUGCACUAAAGUCCAAAAUUUUCCGCCAUUUUCCUGAAACUCGAAAAUGACUUUAUCUGAUGUAAUCACUAAGAAGAAGUGACGAGAUAAACGCGAGGUCGGCGGCGGUACAUGGACGAACUCGCAAACAUGUCGCUUUUUUUUCGGCGCGACCUCGCAUUUAUCUUGCAAUUUACAAAAUUUUCAAAUUGCGAGAGAAACGCGAGCUCGCGCCCAGAAAAGUGCGAGACCGGCGCGAGAAAAAAAAAGCGAGAUUUUUGCGAGCUCGUCAAUCUACCGCCAGCGUCUCGCUUUUAUCUCGGCAGUUAUUCUUAGUGAUUACAUCAGAUAAAGUCAAAUCCAAUUAUAUCCUAGCGAGUUUCAGGCCUUCCACUUUAUUGCAUACGAAUUCUGAUCAAAAUUUCCUUUUUGCUUUUUCCACCGACCGGGAUCGAAUUACCGACCUUUUUUUCUCGUACCAAACAUUUUAUCCACUAGACCACAUUGUCAAUCAAUUUAUUUCGCCUUUCUCGAUGUCCCGAGAAAGUCAUCUAGUAAGACUAGAGGUAAUUUGACGAAAAAAAAGAAGUUUAUUUUGCUUUUUUCACUGACCGGGGUUGAACCAUUGUCUCAUUCUUCUUAUACUGAGCUUCAUACAACUACACCAACCAUUUCCUAUAAUUUUUCCAGCCUCCUUACUUCGAACACUGCGCCACGCGAACAUUGUCUGCCUACACGACAUUUUCUACCAACAUCAUCAGUUGACCUUUGUUUUUGAGUAUAUGGUAGCUUUUCUACAGUAAUUCUACUGUCAUUUCUGUGGUUUUUGUAGAAAAUGGACCUGAGUAAGUACCUGGAGAACAACCCGUACGGCCUGGAGAGCUUCCAGAUCAAAUUGUUACUUUUCCAACUGCUUCGAGGCCUGGAUUUCUGUCAUCGGAAGAAGAUUUUGCACAGGUUUGAGAAGAUUUUUUAGGAUUUUCGGGUCUUUUGGUGUUUCAGCUCGACUUUUAUUGAAAGGAUGGCUUAUAAAAAUUGAGUUCAGGAGUUUUUUAUAUUCAUUUUCCCGAAACCGAAGUUCAAUUUACAAUAGCUUGGAAAGCGAAUGAGAAAUUAUUUAGAGGUCCCUAUAGGGCUUUGUUGUUUUAAGGAGAACUGUUAGGGAGGAUUUGAAGGUCCCUACAGGGGUCAAAGCUUGAGAGGUCCCUAUAGGGGUUUAGUGUCUGACACCUACACACCUGUAGGGUUCAAAAGCAUUUUAAUUUCAGAUUGUCUUAAGAUGGGUAUCAGUCGAUUUUUCAAUGGCCUAUAGGGAUCACUUUCCGUUUUCUAUGAAGAACCCUACGACAGCGUUUUAGUGCUUUCUAUAAGCAAAGCGGAGACACCUCUAUUACACUCCCUAUAGGGACCCCUCUAAAGGUUCUCAGUAGAGUAUUUUUAGAAUUUCUUCUAUGAAAUUUGACCUCGAGUUCAUUUUUUGAAAGUUUUAACCUAAUUAUUUAUGAACUAACUAGUUUUUGGUUGAAAAAGCAAAGUUUUCUAGGGAUCUCAAGCCGCAAAACUUGCUCCUGGAUGAAGAUGGAGUACUCAAAUUGGCGGAUUUCGGCUUGGCCCGAGCCAAAUCGGUCCCAAGCAGAACUUAUUCUCAUGAGGUUGGAUUUGAUUUUACAUUAGAUGACAAUUCAAUCAAAAAAUUAUUAUACCACUUCUUUCAUUGAGUUUUUUCUGUUUAAAAGAACAAUUUGCAAAAAUUUUUAGGUUGUGACUUUAUGGUACCGACCGCCAGAUGUACUGCUCGGAAGUACCAAUUACUCGACCCAACUUGAUAUGUGGUCAGAUUUAAUUUCUUCGGAAACUACUUAGGAACGCCAUUAUUGAAAAACAGCCUCAUAUGGGACAAAAAAGUGCCCCUUACAGUAAUGAAGUUUAGAUGGUAUCUAUAGGGGUUUAGGAUCUGACCCCUGACCUCAUGAAGCUCAAGCAUUUCCUUUAGGGUCUUUGAAUUUUUUGUUCCGAUGUCAAAAUUAAAAUGAUAAACUCGAACAACUGAACUUCCGUUGAUAUUUUUUCAUUCAAAUGAUGCUAAUUUAUUGAGUUUUCCGUAUGGAAAUGCUUCUUUUUUAACAAUAAUAGACUAGCCCGUCCCCUAUAGGGGUCUCUUUUGCAAGCUUCAGGGACCCCUAUAGGAGUAGAUAAAGUGGUCCUAGAGAAGAUUCUUUGAGGGCCCGUAAGGUUGCCCCCAUAGGGACCACUCUGGGGUUUUUUAGUAAACCCCUAUCUUGAUUGGGGUCAUUUGAUAAUUAGUGUAAUUUUUGAUUUCAGGGGCGUUGGCUGCAUAUUUGCGGAGAUUUGCAUAGGUCAGGCGCUUUUCCCAGGAACCAAAGACGUCGUCGACCAAUUGGAGAAGAUUUUCCGGAUUCGUGGGUCGCCGGAUGAGCAAAAGUGGCCCGAGGCACGGGAAAAGUUGAUUUUUCGAUAGUUUGCCUUGUUUUCAGGUACUCUCCUUGCCUCACUACACGCCCGGGACUUUCCCGCCCUACAAAGGCUUGGCUUUCAUGGCUAUCAGCCCACUGUUCACGAAAAUCAUGAAAAGUGGACAGGAGCUCCUCAGCAUGUUCUUACAGGUUCGUUGUCGAGCUUAGAAACGCCUGAGUGGUCCCUAGAGAGGCAAUCUAAGUGACCUUUAAAGGUUCCUCUCUAGAGACCACAUUGAAGCAUUUCCAUCAAGGUUGUGCGAGAUGGGACUUUUUGAAUCCGAGUCGAGUGGUUGAACAUUUCACUCACUUUGAAAAAAAGUAAAUAAGAAAUAAAAAAACAAUUUUCUGACGUGUUUGAAAAAUUUCGCUGUUUUCAAAAUUUACUCGUUAUUCUUUUGAAAUGAUUUGUUUAUUUGUCACCUCAUUUCUCAAAAUGUCUGCUGCUCGAAAAUCUCAAAAAUAUCUCGUUGAGAAUGAACUUUUGUCAAAACCUGUCUCGGUAAUUCGCGAAGAGACGAGUUAUUUCUCCUCGAGACGGGCACGAUAGGAGAUCUAUUCUCAAAAACCUCGAGAAAAUUCCAUAUAAGAUCGAGAUCUCGCCAACCCUGAUUUCCGUGUGAAAAAAAUCAAUCAAUUUUUGUUUUUCAAUGAAAACAUAGCAACGGAGGCUUAAUCGAUAAAUUUCUAUUAAAUUCGUCUUUUUUGAUUCAAAAUCUGAACAAAAUGAUUAGAAGACCUCUAUUUAGGGAUCACUUAAGCUUCAGGUGAUCAGGGGUAAGAAUUCAAAACCCCUAUGGGGGCCACCUGAGUUUUGGCCAUACCUGGAGCUUUGUAUUGUCCCCUAUAAAGGUUUUUUAGCCCCUCUAGGGACCACUCUGGUGUUCCUAAGCACAACCGAAUUGCCAAAACUAUGCGUUUUUCCUCGUUAUCUCGUGCCUUUCACAAUAUUCUUUUUACCUCCGUUUGAAUUUCUGAUGAAACUUGCCGAAGUCGGAGUUGAAGACGGCACGUAGAUAAUUGUUUUCACUCAAGUUUCGAAGUUAUCAUUCAGCUGAAACCGGAAAACCGCGUCAGCGCCGCCAGCGCGAUGCUCCACCCAUAUUUCGCGAGUUUGCCACGAGAGAUCCACCUUCUGGCGCCGGCUCAGUCCAUCUACAAGCUCAGCGAACUCCAACACUUUCGUCACGAGUUUUAA